GCUUUUGUAAACUUCAUUAUGACUAGUUGUGUAAAAAUAGUUGUUAAUAAUACGAUUUAGAUUUAUUAGAAUUAAUUAAAUAAAAUAAAAAUGUAAAUAAACGAAAAACUGAUUUAGUUGUUUGAGUAGAUAAAAAGUGCGUCCUUUCGUGCGAGUUUAAAUCUUAAGUUCGUUCAUGUGUAGGUUGGGCUAUGACAUUGGAGACUCUAAGAAGGUUUUUGUGCAAAUUUCGGUUGAAUGUGGAGUGCUAUUUCGAAGAUAUUUUCAAAGAGCGCUAAUAGGUCAUCGAUAGAGGAAGAUAAAGAAGAAAAUAGAAUGGAUCGUGGCGACGAUAGACGAUCAGACAUGGAUACGCUGGAUGCCUAUGAUACCAGACAGGCUAAACAAAGGGCGUCCGUAAAAUGGUUGUUGGCCAAAGCGUUCAAUAAUAAGGUACCGGAAAAUUUACGAGAACCAUUCUAUAGGGAUCAUGAGAACCAGGAACAUCUAAAACCGCAAAUCGUAGGUACAUUAGCCAAUGCAGAAAUCUACUGUUUAGCUUUAGGAAAUAUUUAUUCGGAUCCAAACUAUCACAGUCUCAAUCAUUGGUCAAUUUUGCAAACUUUAGCUAGGAAAGGUGUUUAUGUGACGGAACCAUCAGAUGGAUCGCAACUAACCGAAACAACACUUAUCCAAACGAAUCCCUUGAGAAUGAGUGCUCAUAUGGCAGUGAUUGAGGCAGUCAUGACGUUAUAUGCAAAGGAGGUUGUGACGUCAGAUAGGGUACUGGCAGCUGUUAACAGGUUUAAUCACGAUCGCAUUAGUGUACUGUCCAAUCCGGAUAAUUACGAGCAGAAUCUCUUGCUUUGGGUUUCUCAUGCUUGUGCCGCACUGAGAAAAAGGAUGGAGCAAGAAGCUGAUUCAGGAAUGAGCAAUGGAGGAGGAGAGGGAGAUAGACUGCAAGUACCAGAUUUACCGGUGAUAAAGGAUUUCAAAGAUCUCUGUGACGGCGUAGCUCUAGCAUCUUUGAUAUCGUUUUAUUGCGCCGAGGAAUUAUCUUGGAAAAAAAUUCGUGUGUCAUAUUUGCCAACGGUAUCCGAAAGUUUACAUAAUUUGGGUCUUGUUCAAGCUUUCUGUUAUCGUUGCCUGCCAGUGUCUAUCUUUCACUUAAUGCCAGAGGAUAUUACGUACAUGAGGGGGUCUAUGAAACAAAAUUUAAUAGUUUUUCUCGCCGAUCUAUUUAAUAUUUUGGAAAUACACCCUGUGAAAUGUGUGCGAUACCCCGGAAUGGAUAAGAUUUCCAAUGAGGGUUUUCCAGCGCGUAAUGCGCAUGGUGUGGUACAUAAACGUAACCUGCCACAAUCUGUGAUGAGUCCUAUUCCUGAUUUAAGAAGUGGAUUGGACGAUCCAGCAUCCUCUUCUGCUUUUCAAGUUUUGAAAACGACACCGACGCAUGUGCCACUUAGGAAAACAAAUUCAUUUCAACAAAGCGCUUCGGAAAUAAGCGAAGAUAGUCUGAGAAGGGGAUCGGACGAUUCCUUCAUCGUUCAUAAAAGUAGAAAUAUUCCAACACUAAGUACUGUGAUCAACGACGAACCUCUUGUUCCGGCCAGACUGCGUGUCAAUAAGGAGAAACAGAAUCACGAUUCGAAAGCAGAGGAGCGAGGCGAGUAUGGCAAAAUGGCAGCCGGCAAGCCGAGCAACUGGGACGAGCACAAAAGGCCGAGCUACUCGGGACGAAGGUCCAGACGUAAUUCUAUUACGGACGAUUCGCAAUUAACUAUAGAGAAUUUUGGCGGUAGUCAGGAGAAUAUAAAUUUUAUCGGCCGAAAUCCGGAUAAAGAGAUGGGCGUGCAUGUCGGAAGGAAAAUUUCUGCACCUGCAGGUCCGGUGAUCGAAAAUCCGGCCGUUCGUACAACUUUAAUGGAUAAUAGUAGUUCUAUACAAAUCGGAUACGAUAAUGGCUGUGAAAAACAAGAAGAUGAGCUUGAAAAUUAUAAACUUAAACGGCAAUUAAGUAGCGAAGUUAUAAAAUUGCACCAUCACAAUGAACUUGACAAAGAAAAUAUUCUAAAAGACGUUGUCGAUGGCGAAGACACAAAUCGAUUAAGUUUUGCUAACCUUAAACAAAACGUAGGCGGAGAACAAAAAGCAAUACACUUAGUUUACAUGCAGCACAACAAAGAGGAACUACCCUCAAAGUCUAGCUUCUUACAGAAAGCGAGUACCACUAACGGUACUGGUGAGAAAAAAACCACCACAUUUGCAACCCUUCCAAAUACUACCACUUGGCAACAGCAAAGCACGCAUAGCCAACAGAGUGAUGAAAGCAAUGCAGGCGAUGACAAUUCUUCGGGCAAUCACGUUGUUUCCUCUCAAUUAAGUGAUAUUAGAAUGAAAUUGGAGGAAAAACGACGUCAUAUAGAAAACGAAAAACGAAGGAUGGAGGUUAUUAUGAACAAGCAGAGACAGAAAGUUGGCAAGGCCGCCUUUCUACAAGCAGUGACCAAGGGAAAGGGUAAUAUACUUAAGACACCGAGUGAAUCUGAAUGUAGUUCAACAAGUGGUUCCGAACCCCGUAGUCCAGCAUCUGACAAAACCUCCCAAAAGCAAAGACCUUUUACGCUUCAGGAAAUCACGGACGAAGUUAGUACAGUCGAGCGGAAAUGGUUAGAUAAUACCCAGCCAUUUGUGGAAACAAGACGAACACCAGAUAUUGAAAAUAUGGAUUUGGAGCAGUAUCAACAGUCAAUCGCACAAAUGAAUUCUAGUCUUCAUGAUAUUCAAUCGGAUAUUCAAAGGUUAACUUCUCAACAAAAUCAAAUGCAAAUGGUGCAGCAACAGGCACUAAUGCAGCCGCAAAGUCAUCAUGUGGCACCUUAUCCUCAGUAUAACAUGCCGCAAACCUUUGAUGCUCAAUCGUACUCCCAGCAAGGUGCAAUAUAUAAUCCAUUACAAUCGUAUUCCAGUGCUCCGCAUAUACCUCAGGCCGUUUUUGCCCAGCAAGUGGGUACUAGUCCUCCCAUUCACCAGGAACAAUCUCACUUUUAUUUACAUAACCAAGCGCCUUCCCCCGCAGCUGCGAUACCGACAGUCGUACCUCAAAGACGAACUUGGGCGCAACAGAUAAACGAUUCAUAUCAGUCACCGGAGAUGCGAACUUGGAGUAAACCGCAAAGUCCCGCCGGCUUCCUUCUCCAUAACAACACGAACACAUACGAAGAUCCACGGUACCCUACGUCACCGCGACACAACGAAAAUCCAACAAGAUAUCAAAAUGGUGACGAGUAUCCCUUAAAUCGUAGCAAUAGCCAUCCCGGAUUUACAUUAAGUCAGCAACACAUGCAACAGCAAUUGUUUUCGAAUUCCCAAAGUUCUUCCUCCCCUUCUAGUUCGCCACAACAUCGAAAUUUACACAAGCAAAUUUCCCAGUUACUCGACGAGAGCAAAAGGAGUCCCGUUAGUUUACAGCAAAUGGAGCCCAUCAGAAAAACCGGUAGCGUAAUAACGCACGCCUCCAUCCCGGUACCUUCAAUGGACGAUAUGGAGCCGCAAAACAUCUCUUUCAUUGGCAAUUCCGUCAAUGAGCAGGUUAGCGAAGGAAUCGGUCGACUGAACAUAACGUCUGGAAGUAGAACUUAUAGAAUACCUUCUCCAACUAGACCGUUGACUGCUCGCAACGCAUUCCAACAUUCACCCAUUGAAAAAGAAGCCAUCCCAGAUUCUACUACGGACGAAGAUCCUGUAAACGAGAAAGGAUUUUAUAUUAGUUUCGAUAACGAUCAGCCUAAAAGGCCCAAACCUCCCUUACGAACGAGAAAAGGAUCACCAAGAAAAGAGGCUUUGUUCGGGGAGCCAUUGGAGAGGAGCAACUAUACACAACUCCAGGAGAGAGAGGAAAAGGAAAGGAUCGAGAGACAAAAACGGCUUCAAGGAGAAUUAGAUUUAGAGAGACUGAAAAGAGAAGAACACGAAGAGGAGUUUCGCAGACACGAACUGUUAGAAAAGGGGAAGCGAAAAGAGGCUACCUACGAGAAAGAGAGGGUGACUGCAGCGUCCGCCAUUAUUAUAGGAAAUGAUCUUAGCAAUCCCGAUCCGGAUUUAGUCGACGAAAGAGAAAAGAGAAAAGAAAAAAUUAUGCUGAUGUCGUUACAAAGGAGACAGCAGCAAGAGGAGGCCAAGGCGAAAAAGGAGCAUGAGGCCCAAAUGAGAAGGGAAAGGGAAAAGAUGAAAGAAGAGGACAAGGUACGGAAAAAAGAGGAGCAAUUACAACGUCGAGCCGCCAUUCUCGAGCAGUAUAAAUUGAAGAAGGCUAUUGAGGAGGCGGAGAGAGAAGGCAAGACGUUAGAUAAAGGUGAAGUAAUGACAUCGUUGAAACCGACACCAAAAAUGCGUCCGAAAGGUUCCGUCUCGAGGCCGCGACCUAAAACCAUCCAUAUUGAUAGUGGUUCGGUCGAGAUGGCGGAGGGGCUGUUGCAACCGAGUCGUGCCAAAAAAGGUUCCAGUUCUAAUUUGACGGUUAACAGUUACGUGUCAAACAGCAGCAUGAAACGUGAUUAUUAUCGAGGGUCUCAAGAUAGUCUUGCCGAUAGUGGUCGAAUUCAUAGUGGGAUUCUUUAUAGAGAUUCGCCGGACGACAGUAGGGGCAUGUCUCCUUGCCAUAGUGCCAAUCAAACAUUGGGCCGACGAGGAUCGUACAAGACCUCUAGAGACCCGUCUCCUGCUCAGGUUCGUGGCAGGCCUAAGUAUUCAACUUAUAAAGGACGCAAGUCAUCUUCUAUGAUGAAUUUGUAUGGAUCAAGUACAGAUCAAGAUAGUUUGGCAUAUCGGUACGGAGAUACGGACUCGGGAUUGGGCCGAGCAACGCCUCCCAGAAGAGCUCCAUCUCCAGGUAUGGGCCCAAUGCGUCAUCUUCCAUCACCUUCCGGUCCCGGUAGCUUACCAGGUUUUAUGACUAAAAGACGCAUGUUUGAUGACGGUUCUAGCGAUAUCAGUUCUACACCUAGUAGUAUGAUGGAUUACACAGGUCCACGAUUGUACAAACAGCCAACAACGAAAUCGAAUAGAGGUAUAAUGUUAAAUGCAGUGGAGUAUUGCGUUUUUCCCGGUGUUGUAAAUAAGGAAGCAAAGAGGCGCGUGCUCGAAGAAAUCAAUCGAUCGGAAGCGAAACAUUUUCUUAUUUUGUUUAGGGACGCCGGUUGUCAAUUCCGUGCUUUAUACUCCUAUUGUCCGGAGGGCGAAGAGGUAUUAAAGCUUUACGGAACCGGCCCAAAGCAAGUGAACGAUAGGAUGUUCGAUAAGUUCUUUAAGUAUAAUUCCGGUGGCAAAUGUUUCUCACAAGUACAUACAAAACACUUAACUGUCACAAUAGAUGCCUUUACAAUCCAUAAUUCUCUAUGGCAAGGUAAAAAAGUGAAUUUGCCUAGUAAAAAGGAUAUGACGCUUGUGAUCUAGUUCGGCAUUUUGUAAUGCGGCAAUUAAUUUAUCAAGUAUUUUCUGAUUGAUUGUAUUAAUCGACUGCUAAAUUUGGUAUUCAUUUUUUUUGUUAUUUUUAUACACCUUUUAAUUUUAAUUACUCGUCAAGGAGGAAAUGUUGGAGAUGUAUGCUUUAAUUUUUUAAUUGAUAUUCAGAAUUUUAUCUUAUUUUGUGGAAGUUUUUAUCGUUAUACAAUUUUUUUUAUCAAGAACCAAGUUGCGACAAAUUUACUUACCCCGUUAAUUGUUUUAAAUGAAAUUUAUUCAUUCCAAUGAUUUCGUAAACAAGUUCUAACUUUUGUACUUUGCUUGCGGUUCAUUAAUAAAACGCAUUUGUUAAGAAGUAUUUAGUCAUUUCUGCUUGUAAUGCUAAUAAAAAUUGUUUUAUAACGAAGGUGCAAAAGCCAGAAGUGCUUAUAUUUGUUAAAAUGUCCUGUAUAAAUUAAAAGAAUUGUAAAACUCGA